AUGCACUUCAAUGUAUUUGUAGAAGGUGAGUUUAACAAUAUCAAAGGUGUCUUUAUUGAUCAAUCAUAUCCACUCCGGAUCCGAUGCACCAACUGUGGGGCACCUCAUGAGAAGGUAGUUGUGUUAUCUGAUGAUAGCGUUGCAGAAGGAGACUUUAAAGAGAAGGUAAACCUGAGUGUUAAUUGUCGGAGUUGUAAAAGGAUGAUGACAUUGAAGAUCUUGAAGCUAAAGGAAGCAAAGAAGCAUAUGCUACCAACAAAGUUUGAAGAUGAAUUCAAAGAGGUGUGGUUCACAGACAUGGAAAAAAGCAGGUUUUUAGUGUCUAGAAUUGAAACCAAUGGGGCCGAAGUCAUGUCCAUUGAAUCUUGCAUCCUCAAUAUGGUUUCUAAUCAAGAUGUCCUAUUUACGAAUGCAGACUUCGAGGACAAGAUCGUUGCAAAAUGCAAUAAUCUCAAUACGAUAUCCUCGAUCACCCGUUUUUCUCUUGUGGUCGAGCUCGCUAAAUAA